AUGUCGGGAUGGGCGGGGCUGAUUUUCGGAUUUUUGUUAGACAACUCAGUGCAUGGAUUACACAGCCGAGUUCGGAGAGCAGGAAGAACAGGAAGUGAAGGGGCCCAGCAGCUGACAAGCUCUCUCUCCCUCUGCCUUUCUGUUACGUUAGCAGCCGAUCCCCAGCCUCCUGGUAUUCUCUCCCUGCACAACUCAGUGCUCUGAUGUCGGCUCUCCUUCCUGCAUGAUCUUCGAUUUACCUUAAAUAAAUUGAGCCCUUGGAAUCAGAAGACACAAUGGAAGCUUCAUUUACCUCACAGCAGACCUAUAUUGAUGAGUUCAGUUCUGUAGAAUACCUCAAGACGUAUUAUGACCCAGGGCAUGGAAAACUGUCCGAGUGGAUGCAAUUUGUAUUGCAAAUUCUUCAUGGAGUAUUUUCUUCAGGUGGCGUUGGAGGAGACACUAUAAUUGAUAUCGGUACUGGUCCAACCAUCUAUCAACUUCUCUCUGCUUGUGAGGUUUUCAACAACAUAAUUGUGUCCGAUUUCUUGGAACAAAACCUUGCUGAACUGAAGAAAUGGUUAAAGAAGGAACCUGGGAAAUUCGACUGGACAUCAUGUGUCAAAAGUGUGUGUGAACUGGAAGGAAAUAGAAUCAGCUGUGAGGAAAAAGCGGAGAAGCUCCGUAGUAAGGUGAAAGAGGUUCUCAGAUGUGAUGUCCUGAAGAAAAAUCCUUUAGAUCCCCGAACAUUACCACCUGUGGAUUGUGUUAUGUCUUGCCUCUGUCUUGAAGUAUCUUGUAAAGAUAUGGAUUCCUUUUACAAUGCCCUAACAAAUUUAAAGGUCUUAAUCAAGCCUGGGGGGCAUCUACUACUUUUGAGCAUGUUAAAUGGUAGCUACUACUCAGUUGGUGACAAGUAUUUUAGUUCCUUGCCUAUAACAAAAGAGGGACUAGAGAAGGCACUUAGAGAUGCUGGUUAUGACAUUUUGGAAACGAAAUUUACUGCCCAGAAUUAUCAGUCAGAGGUGGAUAUUUUUUCUGCUGACACUCAUUAUUUUGUCCAUGCUCGUAAACCAGUGUAACUGUAAUGAUUUCCAAACAAAUUAUAUUAGUACCGUAUUUUCUGGCAUAUAAGACGACUUUUUACACCGGAAUUACACAGCCAAAAUCCGGGGGUCGUCUUAUACGACGGGGACAGCAGCUGCUCGAUCGAUAUCCGGGUGCUCUGUACGGCUGCAUUUAUU